AGGACAUGCCAUGAGAGCCGGUCAUUGCUUGUCUUCUCCGUUCCGUUGUAAAUCACUGCAGCAUUUCUCGGUUUGUUUUGUCAUAUUGGUGAUGUCGAUAAGCCUAGUACUAAUUUAUAAAAGAUCAGUCGGACAUGGUUAUGAUGAAUUCAGUCAACGAGAGAAGAGAACCAAUCUUAACGCUAGAAUGCCAGCACGCUUCUUCAACAACAAUCGCAAUAAGUACAACUUGAUGGAUGAAACUAGCGGCUCAGGUGGACUUGGCAAACUCAAGCAAUUUUUCAACAUCUACGACAAGGCGUGCACCUUAGAUUACAUCAACGCAAACAAAUUGGCCCAAGAUCACCCUUGCGUCAUUGAAAUUAUUCGAAAACACUAUUUGAAUGAACCGUCGCCGCCAAAUGCGCCUCUUAAACUGGGCUCGAAAGACUUGAACGAUCGAUCACCAGGACAAACUGGAGUUAUAUUCAGGCUCUUAAAAAAUCAGACGAACGGAUUCUUUGUAGAAUGUGGCGCUCUAGAUGGCGAGUAUCUGUCAAACACGAUCGAUUUGGAGCGUAAAUUCAACUGGAGUGGCGUGCUGAUCGAAGCCAACCCCAAAGUUUUCGAAUCUCUUUUAUCCCGCAACCGCAAGUCGUGGACGUUGCCCAUCUGUUUAAGUUUGGAGCCAUUUCCUACUCAGGUCAAGUUUCAACCGAAACAGAACACGGGUCUCAGUCACAUUGAAGGCGAAGCGAAAACAUUACAGCAACCUGGAGUUCCUGGUGUUGAUCCUGAUUUGGUAACUGUCCAGUGCUUCCCCUUUUACUCGGUUCUGUUGGCCGUUGGACGGACUCAAAUUGAUUUUUUCAGUCUCGAUGUCGAAGGGCAUGAACUGAAAAUCCUAAAGACUAUUCCUUGGCACAAAGUUGACAUUAAGACCCUAACAGUUGAGUGGGACAACCUGUUGGAGGGACAGGAAGCCUUGUCCAGCUUCAUGGAGGAGAGUGGAUUCAUCCGGAUUGGUGCAUUUGAUUUUCAAUAUACUAGAGAUGUCAUAUUUAUUAAAGAUUUACUAAAUAAUACCUAAAGAAGAUUUGUAUGUACAUUUUUCUGUCAUUCUUUUUCCGAUCAAUGCAACUCAAUGAAAAUAAA